UAAAAUUCUGUCUUGUGAAUUUUGCCAAACAUAAUAAACUUUUGAUUUUAUGAAUACAUUUUGUUUGGAAUACGCAUUUAAUUGUAUAGAUAAAUGGUCUAAUUAUUUAUACCUCACUAUAAGUAAUAUUUUCUUAAACUCGAGGUCAUUUCAUCAAAUAUAUUAGAAAAACGCGAGUACAGGGAUUUGGAAAUACCACAAUUUAGUGGCCAAUCAAAUUAUGGGGAAAACCGAUCCAAUUCUUUAAAAAAUAUAUACAUUCGCUUUAAAGCAUAAUUGUUGGCACUGAGGAGAGUUCGAGCACAAUGUAUCUAAAACCUUCAGAAAUAUUCUUCUCUCAAGAUUCAAUUAAUAAUGUUUUUGAUAAAAAUUGCGGUCAUAAAUAUAAGCCGAUAGGCGAAACACUUGAUGCACUGUGCGAAGGAAGGUGCUCUGUAGGUAGCAUACCAACUAUAUCAGUUGUAAAGCAUAACAAUAAAUGGUUCACAGCAGAUAAUAGGCGGCUUUGGGUUUUCCGGAACCUGGAGAGACUGGGAAAGUGUGACAAAAUAUAUGUUAGUGAGGGGUUUUAUAUUCCUCCAUCCAAGUUUACCACAUAUAAUGGAGGCGAAUCGGUUUAUGUUCGCAAUGGCUCACCAGGAGGAUUCUGGCAUCGAAAAUCAAGUGUGAAAAAGCCAACGCCUACUCCUGCUAUAACAAUUAACAAAAUACCAGUAUCUGUCAAGGAUAAUAAUACGGAAAAUGUUGCAAAGGUAUAUAACAUUGAUGACAACACAACCGAUUCAUCAGGAAGGCGCCCAUUUCAGGAAAUGGGAAAUUUUGUUUCUAACUGUAGCGUGAUAGAUGAAACUAUCAGUUUACACUCCAAACCGGGCGGCGAUACAGAUACAGUGUCCACAAGUUGUUCCUUGGGGCAAAGUAAAUAUCUUACAUCCUCUGGAAAUUCGGAUAAGUCGUCAUCCCAAGAAAAGCAAACGGUUCAGGAAGUGAGUUUAAAAGUUAAUGUUUUAGAUGAAACCGCUAUAGAAUUAGACAUUCCAAUUUGUCAGAAUGUUGUUGAUGAAGACAAUAACAAUAAUUUUACUGUUGCAGCAAACCCGAAAACGACACAGACUGAUACUACUAAGAAAUGUAAAAUACGAUGUAUCAUUAUAAUCGCCAUAAUGGUUGUUCUACUUUUAGUGUUAAUUUCAGUUCUUGCUAUAUAUACAUAAACUGUUGUUUUUAUAAAGUGUUCAAGUUUUCAUUUAAAUACAGUGAUCAGGUUUUUGCCUUCCAAGUCUGAUCGUCUAUAACGUUAAAUGAAAAUGUUAAUUAAAAGUGUCAGAGCACAAUAUCAUAUUUGUAAAAGGGUAAAAAUGCAAUUCAACAUUUUAAAUUGUCCUUCUGCUGCGAUGUCUUUUUCUUAUGAGUAAUAAGAAUAAAAAUAGCAUGAAUAACCAUUUUGAUUUUAGAUGUAGUGGAAAAAUUCUUUAUAUAGCAUUCGAAUUGAGUUUCCGAAAAUAUAAAUUUACAUUACCUUUAGUUAGAUAACGACUUAAGCUAAAUAUAGCUUUACCUAUAUAAGCUAAUAUUAUGCAAGCAUUUCAUUUUGUUUGCUAUUUGUUGAAAGAAUGUUGCAGUUUAAGAAUAUGUGCAUGUAGCUAGAUACAGUGAGGUCGUACAUAUAUGCAGUUAUAAAAUGCACAUUGACGUUUCUUGUAAAUAAUAUUGUAAGUGAUUAAACUUUACUUAAUUCAUUAUUGAAUGCCAUGUCGUGUUAAAGUCUAACAUCCAGAGUAGGUAAAGAAUAACGAAUAGUGUUCAGCAUUAACUUUUUUCUUCAAAAUAAGUUAAAUGUGUAAGGUGAUUUAACUGAAAAUAAUUCUUUGUGUCUGCUUUCAAGUAACAAACUUUGUUUUAUUGAUGAGUUUUGAUAUGAUAUUUAAUGUACGUAAAACACGUUUCUUUAUAGAUUUACUAAGUAAUACGUCGUUCAAAUGAUCAGCUAAGGAAACAGUUCAUCGAACUGUGUUUAUAUAUGCUUUAGUUAACAUUUUUCUUGUUUGGUUGCUUGUAUAUGUUUCUCAGCACAUCGUUAUUUGUUAAACCAAAAUGACUGUGAUAUAUUUUAUUUGAAUUAUUGUUUUGAAGUUAUAUC